CCGGGCUAUGGAGGCGAUUUAGACGGGAGGGGCACCUCAUCCGUCGUCCGUCCGACCCCCCACCCCCCAAAAAAGCCCCCCAACCGGGAGCGGAGGCCGCGUCGAGGGGAGACCUGCAGGAGGGGGGGAUCCGGCCUCUCCGCCUCCCCCUGGGCCGGGCUGCCCGGGGUUUCUGGAGCGUCUGGUCCAAGUUGCUCCGAUGAUGUUACCGAGCCCGGUCACCUCCACACCCUUCUCCGUCAAAGACAUUUUGAAUCUGGAACAGCAGCAGCAGAGGUACCACCAUCUGCAGUCGGACUUGGAGCCUCAGUUUCCCCCACCGUCGUCCUGCAUGCUGGCGUCCGGGGAGGCCGGCCCGUUCUCCGACGGCGGGGAGGACGAGGAGGACGAGGAGGGGGAGAAACUGGCCUAUCUGAACUCGCUGGCCGCCCCCGAGGGCCACGGGGAGGCGGGGAUCUGCCCCGAGAGUUUUGUCCGCACGGUCCUGCGGGGCUCCUGCGGGCCCCCGGACCCAGAAGAGGAGCCCGAGGUGGGGAGAGACCGGAGCCAAAAGAGCUGCUCUUUGAAGAAGCCCCCGGAGGCGGGCGACUGCCAGGCGGAGGAGGGCGACCGCCCGAAGGCCCGGAGCCGUCGGAAGCCCCGGGUGCUGUUCUCGCAGGCGCAGGUCUUCGAGCUGGAGCGGCGCUUCAAGCAGCAGCGUUACCUGUCGGCGCCCGAGCGGGAACACCUGGCCAGCAGCCUGAAGCUCACCUCCACCCAGGUCAAGAUCUGGUUCCAGAACAGGAGGUACAAGUGUAAGAGACAGCGGCAGGACAAGUCCCUGGAGCUCGGGGGGCACGGGCCCCCGCCGCCCCCGCCGCCCCCGCCGCGCAGGGUGGCCGUGCCCGUCCUGGUGAGGGAUGGGAAGCCGUGUGUGGCCGGGGGGCAGAGCUACAACGGCCCGUACGGCGUGGGCACCCAUGCCUACUCCUACAACGGCUUCCCGGCCUACGGUUACGGUAACUCGGCCGCCGUCGCCGCCGCCGCCGCCGCCGCCGCCGCCUACGGGGGCACCUACGGCUGCUCCUACCCGGGGGGCACCGGAGCCGCCUCCGCCCAGACCCCCGCGGCCGGGGGGCCCUUCGUCAACGUGGGCAACCUGGGCGGCUUCGGGGGCGCCGCCCAGCCGCUGCAGGGCUUGCAUCAGGGUGGCACCGGGCCCGCCUGCGCGCAGGGCACCUUGCAGGGCAUCCGAGCGUGGUAG